AAUGAUUUUUUCUGUAGUUCCGUGGGGACAACGCUUGCGUUGGCAGGUCAAAAUAAAGUCUAGUUUUUAAUGUUGCGCAAUACGAAUAAAACAAGGCGAUUGUGCUUUAUUUGGUUUCAUAUAUGUGGUAUCUGUAUUCAGAUUUAACGACAAACUGUGGUUAAAGUGUCUGAGUAAGCUAGGUAGUCAGCAUAGCGUCAGGUUCAGAUGCUAAAGAGCUCCACAGCUGUGGAGGUGGCGGAGCUAAGAUGCUAACCAUGGACAGACAGCGGAGCAUCGCUCGGAUUUGGAUUGGGCUUUCCUGAAAUAUAAAGAGGAGGGAUGGAACAUAAGACUCUCGAGACUCUGUGUUAUUUACGGAACGCCCACAGUAAAGGGAAAGCUCGUGUUCUGUGUGGGAUGACCACGAUCGUCAGCCUCAAACGACACGGCAUCCGGUGAUGCUGUCGGCGGUUGCCCUGACUGGGACAGAGCAGCCUCUCUCCUCCACAAAAUCAUGAAAAGCUGCGACUAUCAGCAAAUCGACCCGCAGGCACUCCGGACGCCCACCCCCCAGCCCCCGGCUCAUCACGGUGGAGGAACCGGCUCAGAGAAGCCAGAGCAGCCGAGGAGACCCAGGAGAAAAUGGGAAGUUUUCCCCGGGAAGAACCGCUUUUUCUGCGAUGGACGAGUCAUGCUGGCCCGUCAGAGCGGGGUCCUGCCCCUCACCCUGGGCCUCAUCCUCGUCACCAGUGUUUUAUUUUUUAUAUUUGAUUGUCCCUUCCUGGUCAAACACUUGACCACCUGUAUCCCAGCUAUUGGAGGGGUCCUUCUUGUGUUUGUGCUCAUCACUUUGCUCCAGACCAGUUUCACCGACCCUGGCAUCCUGCCUCGAGCGAUGCCGGACGAGGCCGCAGACAUCGAGAGACAGAUUGACAACUGUGGAAACGCCAGUUAUCGGCCUCCACCUCGCACCAAGGAAGUCCUCAUCAACCAGCAAGUGGUCAAGCUCAAGUACUGCUUUACCUGCAGGAUGUUUCGGCCACCACGCACCUCCCACUGCAGCCUGUGUGACAACUGUGUGGAGAGAUUCGACCACCAUUGCCCCUGGGUGGGAAACUGUGUGGGCAAACGCAACUACCGCUUCUUCUACACCUUCAUUGUGUCGCUCUCCUUUUUGACGGCGUUCAUCUUUGGCUGUGUGAUGACACAUCUGGCUCUGAGGGCUCAAGGUGGGAAAGGCCUGGUGUUUGCUCUUCAGGAAAGUCCUGGCAGUGCAGUGGAGCUGGUUAUAUGCUUUUUCUCAGUGUGGUCUAUCUUGGGCCUCUCAGGCUUCCAUACAUACCUGGUUGCCUCCAACCUGACCACUAAUGAAGACAUUAAAGGCUCGUGGUCCGGGAAGGGUGGAGAAGAUGUCACCAACCCAUACAGUCACAGGAACAUCUUUACCAACUGCUGUUCGGUGCUCUGUUCACCUUUCCCACCCAGCUUGAUUGACAGACGAGGUUUUCUUCCUGCAGACGUGCCGGCUCAGAGUAGCGGCGUGGCUGUUGAGCUGCUCGCUCCGGCUAGUAAAAAUGAGAAGAACAUGUGAACACAAGGAACUAAAGGGUGGAUGGAGUCCUCAGCUCAUCUUGUCCUCAGGGGAACCCUCAAAUAGCUCCUUCCUGCCCAAGCAACAAUCCCUGAACUCUGACCCUUCGCUGGAGCUCUCUCAGAGCUGCAGGGCCCACUGUAACAGGCAGACCUGUGGAAAUACCUCCUCUCUUGAUAGAACCAAAGCUCGCUUUCAUGAAUGCAAAUGAGCCACUUUGCUUAUUCACUACUGGACCCCAAUUUUUCUGUUCCUUUUCCGCCUCGGACUUGACUGCAGCUUGAGGCCAACGGCAGCCUGGAUGGAAAGCACACGAAAAGCUGGAAGUAAAAAAAAUGUAACAAGUCAAAAGUCUCUUUGGUGAAAAAUGAGUUUAACCUCCUUGUAAGAUUCACCAAAUAUCACGGAAAUAACGACUUUGUAAUUUAGAAACCUUUCUUUGAAGUGGGGAGCAGAAACGCUUCUUGUAAUGUGAAAUGAAAGCUUGAAUACAAACUUUUUGUCUCAUUAUGAUUCCUACUUCAGUGCACGUUUUAGUCAUGUUUUCUUACAAAGAAACAGGAUUUGUUCUCAAUCUUAAGAAGAAUUAGAGAUUUUUUUCCCUUCAUGUUCUGCACAUUCUGGAUAAUUGAUAGAACCAUUUCACCUGGCUGUUUGUUUUUAAAGAUCUCUUUGAUCCCAUAAGCAGCAUGCAACUGAUUUACACUCUUCAUCUUUCCACUUUAAAGCAGUCACUGUUGGUUUAAAUGCUGAUCUGAUUUUGUUGGUUGAUGUUGAUCCACAGUCGAAGAGAAUGCACAAUGUGAAUUUUGAGUGGGUUUUCCCUUUAAGCUUGCAUUACCAGUUAAAUGUGUUUUAUUUGUAUUUGUGAACAAUAUGAAGUUUUAUUGUUACAAUGCAGAAUGCAAAUGCAUGACAAAGACUAAAGAUGUAUUUUUUAUGAUGACAUUUCAUCUUUUGUUCUCCAUGUUGCGCCUUUUCAAAGACCUGUGCUUGUUUGUAGAGGUGAAUCAGAACAUUCAGUUAUUCUCAUGCCUUUAUUCCUAAAAUGUGUCUGAGCAAAGGGGUUCAUUCUCAGGUUGACAGUUUGGUAUUAAGUAUGCAAGUCUAAUUCCGUGCAUGAUGCCAAUAGCUGCACAAAAAUGCAAAGACCCAUCGAUCUUCCUGCACAUGCACUCUGCCAGUAGUGCACAUAAACGUCUCACUUUUGUGGCAUUAGUUGAUUCAAAGCUUCAUAACACCUCCGGUGACUUCAGAGAGUGAAUCCAAGCAAUGGAUCCACGUGUAAAAAUGUGCUGUUCAUUACUUUUAUGACCUGUUGGCCCCUUUCAGCCGAUUUUCCUGUCAAAAAUAAUAAAAAACAAAAAGAAAGCACUCAAA